AUGACGUCAAGAUAUAGAGUAGAAUAUGCAUUAAAAAGUCAUAGAAGAGACGAGUUCAUAGAAUGGAUCAAAGCUCUUCUUGCGUGUCCAUUUGUACUUCAUGCUGAUGUUGAGAGUUUCGACUUGGAGUUUCCCGAACUCUAUGAUGUUCCUGACGAUUUAGAUACGUUUUUCAAAGAACAUGAAGAAGCCACUGCUCGAGAUUGUAAACGUCGCUAUUUGGAAAUAUUCCGAGACGUUGAAACUUUGAUUGAACAUACUAUACUCAUUGACGAGAUUAACGAUAAAAAUCCUGAACGGAAAAUCUCAAGUAGGUUGAGAAAUCUUGUUCCCUCUAUCGGCAAGUUUUUCACCAAAUUGCCGCUUCAGGAAGCCUUCUUAUUGGAAGAUGAACGGAGAGGUAUAAGUAAGAGGCGUUUGGUUAGUCCUUCAUUCAAUGAUGUUCGAAUGAUUUUGAACACGGCUCAAAUAAUGGCAUUAACUGGUAAAAAUAGAGAAUCAAGUCGCACUCACUUGAAAUUGGUUACCUUUGAUGGAGAUGUUACAUUAUACGAUGAUGGCGAGUCACUUACUGAAGGAUGCGAUGUUGUGAAGAGAUUGGUUGGCUUGUUGCACAGAGGCCUUUAUGUGGGAGUAGUUACAGCUGCAGGUUACCCUGGUCAAAGCGGAGCAGUUAAAUAUUAUGAGCGACUCAAAGGAUUGAUAGACUACUUGAAUAGCGAGGACUGUAUUCUCACCGACCGUCACAAGGAGAAUUUACUUGUAAUGGGUGCAGAAUCCAACUAUCUAUUUCGUUAUAGUAAUCAGCUCAAAGGUUUGAAAUUCAUAGAUAGUGAAGAAUGGCUUCUUCCAGCAGUGCGUAAGUGGGAUACAGACCGGAUAACUUAUAUAGUGCACACUGUGCACCAUCACCUUAUCCAUUUGCGUCAAAAAUUUCAACUUGAAGAAACAACAACAAUUAUCAAAAAGGAGAGAUCUGUUGGGAUUAUGCCUAACCCUGGAUGUAGUAUUCUCCGUGAACAACUCGAAGAAUUGGUUUUAUCAUGUUCAAGAAAACUCUACGUCAUCCUUAAUGGAUCUCGAGACAAAAAUGGUAAAUUAGACGAAUCACUCAGUUCUCUAAGUGAUAUUAAAGUGUGUGCUUUCAACGGUGGAAGCGAUGUCUGGGUAGACAUAGGAGAUAAAGCUCUUGGGGUAGAAUCGCUACAAAAAUAUUUGUGUCAAAACGAAACUCAUGAUUUGUGUCCCAUUCGCAAGUCAGAGAGCUUACAUGUUGGUGAUCAAUUUGCAAGUUUAGGAGCAAACGAUUUCAAGGCUCGUUUGAGCGCAUGCACUGUAUGGAUAGCCAAUCCGAGGGAAACAGUUGCUAUAUUGGAUGGUAUACUAAAUUUUAUUGACGAAAAGGAUAUAGAGGUAAGUACUGACAAUAAUUAG